AAGGAAGCUUCUUAACACAGCAAAGACACAGCACAUCAUGCAACUGGAAGAAAUAAGGCAAGAGGAGUUAAACUAUCAGAGUGAAGUAAGAGAUGAGAUGUCAAGGAUAGAGACAAGUUUGGCUACAGUCCAACACGACUAUGAGCUAUUAAAGAUUGAGCAUGAACAAACAAUAGCUGCUAAUGAUCAAGCAGCCCCUAUAGCAAAAGAACUACAAGAAAUGGUUGGUAGCCUUCAAAAGAACAUUCAACAAUUGAAGGGAGAGAUCAAUCGAUACAAGACCCGUGCUUACAAAGCUGAAGAGAAGCUUGGUAAACUACUGGAAUCAGAGAAAGAAGCUAAGGAAGGUCCUGCAGUUUCAGCCUCAUCAAUCUCACCGCCACCUUCUCAUUCUCAAUCUAAUCCAGCCCCUUCUACUAAUCAAAGGAGUAAUUCCACUGAAGAACCAGUAGAACUCCAAUCACUGGUGAUCACUCAAUGA